UAGAUUAGAUAACGCGAAAGAGAUAAAGCGGAACACUUCACUUGGCUCCUUCCUCACUUGAUUUUCCGGCAAUGGAAGCGGCGAACGGCGGAGUUGUCGAUUCGAUCGUGCAGGUGCCCUACGCCGCUACUGUUCGCGUGAUGCUCGCUUCGCUUGAGCGGAAUUUGCUGCCGGACGCCGUCGUGCGCCGCCUCACGCGGCUGCUGCUCGCGAGUCGCCUCCGCUCCGGCUACCGGCCGUCCGCUGAAAUUCAGCUCUCCGAUCUCGUUCACUUCGCGCAUUCUUUGAGAGAGAUGCCGAUAGCAAUCAAGACAGAAGAGCCGAAGUAUCAACAUUACGAAGUUCCGACCUCUUUCUUCAAGCUCGUUCUUGGGAAGCAUCUGAAAUACAGUUGCUGCCUUUUCCCAGACAAGUCGAGCACCUUAGAGGACGCUGAGAAGGCGAUGCUAGAGUUAUACUGCGAGAGGUCACAGAUAAAAGACGGCCACACUGUUCUUGAUGUUGGCUGUGGCUGGGGAUCGCUUUCUCUGUAUUUAGCACAGAACUAUCCUAAUUGCCAGAUUACUGGGAUUUGCAAUUCAGCAACACAAAAGUUGCACAUUGAGGAGCAGUGUCGGGAUCUUGAGCUGCAAAAUGUGGAGAUCAUUGUAGCAGAUAUCAGCACAUUUGAAAUGGAAGCUUCAUAUGACAGAAUAUUUUCCAUUGAAAUGUUUGAGCAUAUGAAGAACUAUCAUGAUCUUCUUAAGAAGAUUUCUGGGUGGAUGAAACCAGACAGUCUUUUAUUUGUACAUUAUUUCUGCCAUAAAGCGUUCGCCUACCACUUUGAGGAUAUCAAUGAUGACGACUGGAUCACUAGAUACUUCUUCACCGGAGGUACAAUGCCCUCAGCUAAUCUACUCCUUUACUUUCAGGAUGAUGUUUCUAUAGUCAAUCAUUGGCUUGUAAAUGGAAGGCACUAUGCACAGACAAGUGAAGAAUGGCUCAAGAGAAUGGAUAGGAACUCGGGUUUGAUAAAACCAAUAAUGGAAUCAACUUAUGGCAAAGAUUCAGCAGUGAAGUGGACUGUCUAUUGGAGAACAUUCUUCAUUGCAGUUGCAGAACUAUUUGGCUACAGCAACGGAGAAGAAUGGAUGGUUGCCCAUUUCCUUUUCAAGAAGAACCAGAAGAGCUAAAGGGAAACAGAUUCAUCUCAUUCUAAAUGCAGCAGAUGAUGUAAUUUUCCAUGUAACAUGACAAUGUUAUCGUCUUCUAUGAUAAUACAAAACAUAUUAAAAUAAA